AUGACGCGCUCAAGCACUGAGGACCAGCCCUCCACGGCCCAGAUUGCCGCCACCAACAGCAACACAGCAGCAUCACCGUCGUCAUCAUCAGCAUCAAUACCAUCGCCAGCAGCAGAUCCCACGUCGUCGUUACCACCAGAUGUAGAAAGCCAAGCCCCUCGACGCAACAGCUUCGACCGUCGUCCAUCGACCAUCAAUGGCUCGCAUCUCGACCACACCUCGUCGCACGAUACGACACACAGCCUUCACCGCGCCUCGCACGACGACCACCACCCCGACGGCACCACGGCCGCGCCCACCCCCGAGACAUCCACCGAGCACAAGGUGCCCGUCGCUCUCUCGGACCAGACCAACUUCCUCCCCAAAAAGCAAGUCAUCCUCGUCUUUGCCGGUCUCUCGGCCGCCCUGCUCGUAGCGCUGCUCGACCAGUCGAUCAUCUCCACCGCCCUCAGCACCAUCACCUCCGACUUCCACGCCGGCAACGAGUCCUCCUGGCUCUCCACAUCGUAUCUCCUCACCUCCACCGCUGCCAGUCCCCUUUAUGGCAGGUUCAGCGACAUCUUCGGGCGCAAGACGUGCAUCAUGGUCGCUCUCACCGGCUUCUUGAUUGGAAGCGCGCUGUGUGCCGCCGCGCAAAGUAUCACGCAGCUGAUCGUCUUCCGUGCGCUGGCAGGUGCGUUUGGUGGAGGCAUUGUGUCAUUGGUCAUGGUCAUCGUGGGUGAUGUGGUGUCGUUGCGCGAGCGUGGCACCUAUCAGGGAGUGUUGGGGGUUGUGGUGGCCCUCGCCAACGCUGGUGGUCCGUUGAUUGGUGGCGCACUCGCGUCGGUUGGCUGGAGAUGGUGCUUCAUCCUCGCUGUGCCUAUCACCAUUCUUUCGCUCGUCAUGGUGAUUCUCCUGCUGCCGCUUAAGAAGGUGGAAGGCAGCGUCAGGGAGAAGCUCGCCAAGAUUGACUAUGUCGGCACAGCGCUGGUGCUCGCAGGCAGCGUCUUGCUUCUGCUUGGACUCAACUGGGGUGGUCAACAAUACCCCUGGUCCAGCCCGCACGUGCUCGUCACGCUCAUCCUCGGCAUCGUCCUCUUCAUCGUCUUCGCCAUUGUCGAGGCUCGCGUCGCCGCACUACCCCUCGUACCCAUGCGCCUCUUCAAGAUCCCCACGGUCUGCAGCGUGCUUGUGCAAACCGUUUGCUCCGGGGGCAUCUUUUUCCUGCUGCUCUUCUUUGUGCCGCAGUUUACGCAGGUGGUCAAGGGCUAUUCGGGCGUCAAAGCCGGUGUGCUGCUGAUCCCACUCAUGGCGGUGCAAGCGCUCACGUCGGUCGUUGCCGGUGUCGUCGUCUCCAAGAUCGGUCGGUACAAGAUCAUCAUUGUCGUUGGAUUCGGCAUCUUCUCCAUCGGCGUGGGAUUGCUGGGACUGCUGGAUGAGACCUCGAACAUUGGCGAGAUGAUUGGCUUCUUGAUGCUGUCCGGGUUUGGCGCAGGUGGCACGCUGCAAGUCACCCUGGUGGCGGCGCAGAACGCGGUGGAUAGGAAGGAUUUGGCGGUGGUGACGUCGACGAGGAACUUUAUGCGGUUGUUCGGUGGUACGUUAUGUUUGGCGAUCAGUUAUACGAUCCUCAACAACAGCGUAAGGUCAGCGGUGCGAGGGCUGCCAGCAGAGAUCAUCACCGAGGUCGUCCGAAACCCACACUUGAUCACAUCGGGUCGCUUCGACGCGGAGACCUCGCAGCUGCUGCUAAGGGCCUAUGUGCAAGGGUUCAGGAACGUCUUCCGCUUUGGGCUGGGAUUGACGCUCCUCGCUUUCGUCGUCACCGUGCUGUUCACCAAAGAGUUCAGCCUGGACAGGAAGGACGACGAAAAGAGGAAAGAGGAGGGCAAACAGUGGUACGAGGAGAAGAAGGAGAGGCGCUGGGCCAAGAGACAUCCGGACGAGAGUGCGCAGGCUAGCAGACGCGCGUCGAAUGAGGAACAGAGGGACGUCGAGAAGGCUUUGCCCACGGCCAAAUGA